AUGGCGUUUUCCUCCCAGGAAUCUGAGAAAGUGAAGAUUAAGCAAGAAGAUGAUAGAGAUAUAGGUACAAACACUACCCUGGUCCCUGGAAAAAAAAGUGCCUUAAAAGAAAAGUCUGCUGAACGUGUCCAGAAAAGAAUAAAAGGCCAAGCUCAGGGUGAGGGGUCUCGAAUAAUAUAUCAGAAAGCUCUGUUGAGUGCAUUUGGGGGACAAUUGCAAACCAGAAGAAAAAUUUCAUCUAUAAAGGAAAUUCAUAAAGAAAGCUCUUCUGGAAAAGAGGACCCACUUAACAGCCUGGGAGAAUUUUCAGUAGUACCGAAAAGCAGAGGGCAAGAAAUUGGAAACAAUUCACAUUGUUUGAAAACUGCACCAAAGGAACAUACCAUUUCUGUCAAGCAAGACAAUAAAGAACCAAGUUGGUCAGGUGUCAAUUCGAGACAUGAAUCUGUUAUGUCAAGUUCAGGAGCAAAAGUAUCCAGACCAAAGGAUAAAAAAAAUAUUCAGCAAGCUCCCAACGAUGAGAAAGCUGUUACAGAAACUAAUAAAAGUUCUGGAGAUGGUGUUAAAGAAGAUUCCAAACCAACACUUGAUUCAAAACAAAGUUAUAAACUAUCAAGACCUGAACAUGAACUGGAAACUCAGCAGAUUUCCAACAUUAAGAAGCCUGUUGCAGAAACAGAAAAGAAUGCUAAGUAUAGCAUAAGAGAACUUUCCAAGCCAAUGACUACUUCCAAGUAUGUUCAUACAGGAUCAAGUUAUGAAAAUGAACUUUAUCAGGGAUCAAAUGACUCACAGGUUCCAGUAAAAGAGAAAACGGAUGUUCAGAAUAAAAUGUUUUGGAAAGAAAAUUACCAGUCAAAACACAGACUUAAAAGCAAGUUCAGCUUUUCAGAAAUUGGAGAGCAAAACAAUAGCCAAGUCUCUCCUAAACAGUUAGGUAAAACUUCUGACUGGAAUAGCCAAAGUAAAAAACAAUAUUGGAAAUCAGAAACCCAUUGGAGAUUGGUCUCUGAAGAUUCAAAAUAUGAAAGUGAAGAUACCAAGCAGAAUAGCAACAAUCAGAAGCCUCUUGUAAAAAUCUUUAGUGCUGGCACAAAACAACAAAACAUGGAAGAUGGUGAACCAGUGGUUGCCUUUUCACAAGAAGAUUCCAUCCCUAAUCGCAGACCUUCAGAAAUGAUGGAAAUGUCAGCACCAACAACAGAAUUUGUGAUGUAUCCUCCUCAUUUCUACAGUCAGAAAAUGAAUGAUUAUACAAAAUACCGGACAAGCAAUCCAAAGCCAAUGCAUUCUUUUACAAGACCCACUGAAAACAUUUCAUAUUCCAAUAAUCUCUAUGACAUUUCUUUAGAAAGAACGAUAAAUGCUCCAAAGAAUAAAAAACCUUCGGUGGAACAUGUGCAAGAGAGAGUGUGCCCACAUGGUGCUUCAUUGGACUUUAAAGAGAAAAAAAGACCUCAGAAUAUGGAAAGAGGAAGAUAUGUUCCCAUCUUUUCUUCAUCAUGUAAGUCAGAUUCUUUCACUAAUAAUUGUGUAGACCAAGAUUUGCCUACAAGCUUGCCCAAAUAUUUAGAAGGCGGCUUUAUUGACACACACUGCCAUUUGGACAUGUUAUAUUCAAAAACAUCUUUCAGAGGAACUUUUUUUGAAUUUAGGAAAAGAUACAGCAGCACCUUUCCUAAAGAAUUUCAGGGCUGCAUAACUAACUUUUGUGAUCCUCGUACUUUAAAAAACAACUUAUGGGAAGAUUUAUUAAAGGAAGAUAUGGUUUGGGGAGCAUUUGGUUGCCACCCCCACUUUGCUUGUUAUUACACAGAUCUUCAUGAAAGAAAUCUCAUGCAGGCAAUGAGACACCCCAAAUCUAUUGCCUUUGGUGAAAUAGGACUGGAUUACUCUUAUAAAUGCCAUACAGAAAUUCCAAAGCAGCAUGAGGUUUUUGAGAGGCAACUGAAUCUAGCUGUUUCCUUAAGGAAGCCAUUGGUCAUUCACUGUAGAGACGCUGAUGGUGAUCUGUUAGAAAUCAUGAAGAAAUGUGUACCAAAAGACUACAAAAUACACAGACAUUGUUUCACUGGCCGCUAUAAUGUCAUUGAACCACUUUUAGACUACUUUCCAAAUCUAAAAGUUGGAUUCACAGCUUUGCUGUCUUACCCAUCAGCAAAUGAGGUUAGAGAUUCUGUUCAGAAAAUCCCAUUAAACAGAAUAGUGGUAGAAACAGAUGCACCUUAUUUCCUUCCUCGACAGGUGCCAAAACGUGUAAGCCGGUUUUCGCAUCCAGGAGUAGCUCUGCACACAGUGAAAGAGAUUGCCUGCCUCAAAGAAGUGUCAUUACCUGCCAUGUUAGCUGUUCUAAGGCAAAACGCCAACAAGAUAUAUGACUUGUAA